UUUUCAGUGACGCAGGAACUUCGAAUAUCAUUGAAAAUUUGUGCGAAUAAUUGAUCAGAGGUGUUUCAGAUUCUUCAACCACCAGUUGUUUUUUUUUCUAUAUAUAUGUACGUGUUUCUAGAACAGAGGAAAUCACAAUGCUAAUUAAAGUCAAGACGCUCACUGGAAAAGAAAUUGAGAUUGACAUCGAGCCCACAGACAAGGUGGAGAGAAUAAAAGAGAGAGUGGAGGAGAAAGAGGGAAUACCACCCCAGCAACAGAGACUCAUUUACAGUGGGAAACAGAUGAACGAUGAGAAAACGGCAGCAGACUACAAGAUCCAGGGCGGCUCAGUGCUGCAUCUGGUUCUUGCACUAAGAGGUGGGCAGGUCCACCUGCAGCCCAACAGCAUCUUCCCAACUAUGUAAUCGCCAGUCCUACCUUGACCACCACAGAUAUCCAGUUAAUAUACUUGCACAUGCCACAAGAAACCGCUGGAACCGUAUGGUGGUUUGACGAGUGGCAGCCAAUAUAUUCUUUGUGGGAAAAUUCAUCGACUUCAUCCUGUAGAAGUCACACCCCCUUAAUUUGUUUAGAGCAUAAAUGUGCUCUUUUUGUUAAGUUUACAAGGAGUGUUAGAAAUCAAGUUAAAACUGUAUGAGUUUGUCAAUAAAAAGUAAUGCAAACAUUUAA